GUAGCCGUGGUUUCCCUCGAUAAUGGGGAACCAUGCAUUGAAAGUUGUGCUGGAAUCGGAAAUGCUGCUGUGACAGCAGCAUGUACAGUACCGCCACCACCAAGGAGAAGAAAACGGAAAGUGAGGUCACAGAGAUCGUUUGAGCACCUGACGAGAGCAGAAACGAUUUUUGACAAAAACAGCAGUGGAGAAUCAUCCGAUUCUGACGAUGACAACGGCACUGGUCAGAUAAGUGUAUGGAUAGGGAAUGACGAUGGAGAAGUAUUUGUUGUCAACUCUACCGAAAGGGUGAGGACCCGAGCUCGAGAGCGGGUGGCCAGGUUGAACUACCCGGUUACGGCAAUCGCUUCCGUUGGUGGCUAUGUUUUUGUCGCCACUGGCACUGCUUCAAAUGUACAGCUGCUUAGAUUUCACACUUCUGCAGGCCCUUCUAUCUGUUUAUGCAGCAUGUUUGAUGCGGAUAAAAAUUGA